AUGGUGGCGUUUGACUACCCUCAUCCUUCCGAAGAUGAACCACUUUUCAUCGAAUGCUCUUCGAGUUUCAACAAUUAUAGGGAAGUGGGAAAAUACGUGAUUCAAUUGAUGUAUUUGGUGCCGGGUAUUUGGCUGCAUUCGAUGAUUUUAUUGAGCAGGUUUGGGAUUAAACGAGACGAGUUUCGCAAUAAUUCGUUUGGUGUUAUUUUUAUGGUCAAUUCGAUUGUGGUACGUGAAUAUUUCCUAAGCACACCACGCCCAGGGUGAGGCAUAUGCACGGCGCCAAUAAAAAUUUACGGAAAUUCACCUCGCCAAUUUGAGAUUUUCUGGAAAAACAACAAAUUUUUGCUUGUUUUUCCGUUAAAAAGUGGUAUUUUUCAGUCGAAAAGGUUGUUUUCACCUCGCCAAAAAUUUCAAAACCCACACCGCCAAUUUUCAAAGUUAUUUUGCACGAAGCUGGGCGUGGUAUGUUCCUAAUACGCAUAAGUCCUUAAUAAUUUCCAGAGUCUUCUUGAACUUCUCAUCCAUACUUUCAUCUAUCGUCCCUUGAUAUUUAUUCCUCCACUUUGCCCAAUUUUCACUCCAAUUCUUGCUUAUCCUUCAUUCAUUUGGAAAUUUAUCAUGGUUCUACAAAACCAUCUAAAAGCUGCCAAAUCGAUGACUCAAAUAUUCAUGAGUUUAAAUCGAAUGACUUGUGCUCUUUGGCCGAUCAAAUAUGAUUCUAUUUGGAGUUCGAAUCGGGUGAAAUUAGUUGUAUUUCUGAUAAUUGUAAUGCCAGUUGGCGCGACUUUUAACUUAAUAGUAUCUCGAGUUACGAUCCAACCAAUUUAUGGAGGGUUUACCAAUAAUUAUAUCAGAACUAUCCCGUGGGCUAGUCUACCCUUCCAACAUCUAGUCUUCAUUAUAACCGCAUUAUUUUCCACAAUCAUUUGCACAAGUAUCGCAGUCUAUGCAUUGCUCAUGUUACCAAAUCGAGUUAAAGGAGCAGAAAGAUCACUUUGCAUCGCUGCAAUUAUAUUUUCAAUUGGUUUUAUCUGCGCUGCCAGUGCUCAAGCUGCAUUUGUUUUCUGCGAUUCAUGUUAUGGCGAUUUUCUGUUUAUGGUUCAUUUUUGGUGCAUCGAUUUUCUCGAUAUAUCCCAACCUGUUGUGACACUUUCCUUGAGCAAAGAGCUUAGAAGAAAAAUCUUUGGCUCCCAAGUUGUUGUUCUUCAAAGUGGAUCCUAA